AUGCAGUUAUGGCUACUUAUAACCUGUAUCGUCGUGUGUGGGAUUCUGAGUGCCCUGUUCUCAGGCCUCUCCCUCGGAAUAAUGAUGCUGGAUACGCUGCAGCUGAACCUGCUUAUCCUCGUGUCCGAAAAAGACAAGAAGGAGCUGAACAACGCCAAGAACGCCAGGAAGAUCCUCCCUCUUCGCAACAACACAAAUGAGAUCCUCGUUACCUUUAUAACAGCCAACGUUAUGGUGAACUCUGCUUUCAGUUUGCUCCUAGGCGAGCUGACCGACGGUGUUACGGCGUUCAUCAUUUCGACCCUGAUCAUUACAAUUUUCGGGGAGAUCAUUCCACAGUCCAUUUGUUCCAAACAUGGGUUGGCCAUUGGUGGCUUCUUCGCCCCCCUCAUUCACUGCCUUAAGUUUUGUCUCUUCAUCUUUGCCAAACCGACGAGCCUCAUCCUGGACCACUUCGUCGGAAAGAACGUGCUGAACACAUACAACAAGAAGCAGCUGAAGGCGCUGGUCGAUAUGCACAAAAGCGCAGCAGACAUUCUUCACGAGGACGAAGCCAAGAUUGUUGUGAGCGCCCUGGAAAUGUCCCAAUACAAGGUCAUGCAUAUUAUGACCGACAUAGACUACGUCUUUGGGAUAGACUACAACAGCUUCAUUAACUAUGAAACGAUAAAACGGAUUCUAAAUAGUGGGUUCUCCAGAAUACCUGUCCUGAACAGAUGCAACUCAGAAUGUGUUGUCGGCCUCAUCCACAUAAAGGACCUCAUCAACAUCUGGUUUGGCAUAAAUAAAAUAAUUUUCGACAACAACUCCUUAGUCCAGUGUAGAAAAAGGAGAAACACCAACAAACAUAAGUAUUACAAAAAGAGAUCCAGAACCGGCAUCUUUCACUUAAUUAAGCUAAAGUCGGAGAAAAUUAGAAUCGCUAAUAGAAUAUAUGCAUAUGAUGGGUCGAAGAUUCUUGGUCGUUGCGCUUCUUCCACAAAGGGGGGGAAGUCAGACAAGUGUGUUGACUUACCUCGUCGAACCAGUCAGUCGUCCACCACGUAUAGCAAACAUAAGAGGAAAGUACACGCAGGAGAACAUCCCUCAAGCCCAAAUCGAAGCAGCUACGAUACCGACACGGAAGAUGAUGAAAACGAUUGGGACAGCACCCUGGGGAAGGAAAACGGCGUGGGGGGUGCAGACCAUGGGGAGGAUGAACCCCACAACGGAGUGGAACUCGUCCACCUUAAAAGCAGCGACGAUGAGCACCUCAGCACGGACAGCGAAAUGCAGCCCCACCAGGAGGACUCCAACCCGCACGAGGUGAAAAUAAACAUCGACCAUAGCCCCCACGGGAGGGCAGCCAAUCAGACCAAGCAAAUGAAGCAAACCAAACAGACGGAACCGAGCGGAGAUCAAAUUGGAGGAAGAAGAAAAAAAAAAAAAAAAAAAGUUCAGAUUAACGUGGAGGGGAACAAAGGGGAGCAGCGCCUCGGAUGCAGCAGCUACUAUGAGAGCAUACACGGGAAAGCACAGCGACAAGGAGGUCAGCAGGAUGAGAUCGUUAACCCGUCCAAACUUCGAGACCGAAAGAGGAAGAAAAUUAAAAAGACCUACAAAAACCCGUACGAACACAAAAACAGGAACGUAAACUUCGUGGAGUUCCUGUCCGACCAGAUGAUGUUAAGUGGAGAGGAAGAUCAGGAGUCCUCUUCCCCCGAUGAGGUUGUAUUCACCGACAUUCAAAAAAAAAUAAAGUACUACAGUAGAAUGAAUAAGAAAGGAAGGGGAGAUGGAAAUUUCGUCGGUACGAAAGCUCUACAGGGUAAGCCUCGCACAGGGAAGAGCGGAAAUAGCGGCCCCAGUGCAAAGGGAUCACCCCCCAGUGGAGGUACCACCCAGGGGGGCGUACAAAAUGGGAAGAACCCUCCGAGCGGAAACACAAACAAACCAAACGAUGCAAACAAACAAAACGGUCUAAACGAUGCAAACAAACAAAACGGCCUAAACGAUCCAAACCAUCCGAAUGAUCCGAGCGAAUCAGACAGAGGCGGCGCUGCGCGCAGCAGCAUCAGCGACAUCGCCUCCAACCACGGACGAAACAGGUACAUCUCACAAAGCACCAUGAUAAAGGAAAAUCUCAAUAAAGAAAAAAACAUGCAACACAUUUUCCUGGACAUAAAAAAUUACAUUAGAAUUGCCCGAAACAAAGACAUAGAAAUCCCAGUGAAGUAUAUUUUAAAACAUAUUGGAAGGUAUAUCUACGGGGUAGACUACAAUGAGAGCAUCUUAUCUCUGCUCAGCUUUUUUAAAAGUGCCAGUAAUCAUAUCGUCGUGGUGAGAAAAGUCAUUUACGAUGAGAAUGCGGAUCCGAAGUAUGCCCACAUUGGAAUUAUCACCCUGGAGGAUGUCAUCGAAAUUUUGCUGCAGGAGGAGAUAACAGAUGAGUUUGACUUCCGCAGUGUUAAGAAGGGCACCAACAUCCCCUCGAACUUCGUCUGGAAAAAUUCGGACGAAUCGCUCGACAGGGGGAAGCACCAGGGAGAAACACCCCAAGGGAAACCACCCCAGGGUGCACUACCCCAAGGUGAAACAACCCAAGUUGAUCCUCUUCCAAAGAAGCCACUUUCCCCCCCAUCGUCACUGUCAUCCCUUUCGUCGCCGUCGUUGCUCUCAACGCACCAUUCCCAGCGAGCGAAGCCCACCAAGAAACACACGCUCAUGCCAUCCUGCAAACGGGAAGUCAUCACCUUCCUAAAGGAGAGCGUCUACUUCAAGUACAUCGACACGCAGCUAAUCAGUAAAUGCAUCAAAAGGAAGAAAAUAAAAACCGCUCAGAAAAAUGAAUACAUACUGAAGGAAAACACCUUCUUAAACUACGCAAUCAUCCUAAUGAAGGGACAUGUGAAAAAUAUAAAAAACGGAAAGAGUAAUGUCCACGCGAAUAAGUGCAUCAUUGCGUUGGAGGCCCUCGGCCCAUGCAACAUCAUCGAGCUGUUUAACAGUACCAUUGAAAAGAGAAUCAACGUUCUCAAAAAUUACGAAGAAGAAAAAAAAAAAAAAAAAUCCUUAUUCUUUAAAAGGAAAAGUUUCGACGACAAGAAGGACCCACUUCGUCACAAGUGGUCCUCCCUCUCCAAGGACAAGGGCGUCCACCCAAGAAUGGAACACAGCACUACAGGUAGCGGUCUGGGUAGCGCUAUCGGUAGCGCUACAGGCAGCACCAUGGGCAGUGGACUGCGUACUGGCCUCUCCAAUACGAACUCCAAUGUCAUUCACAAAAACAUCAACAUUCUAUUUAAGAAGUGGUACACCCAGCACGUCUACUUUAACAAGAGCACUUGCAUCGCAGAAACUCCCUGCGAGUACAUGAUCCUUUCCAAGAACGAAUACAUGGACAUGAUAAUUGAAUGCUACAGCAACAACAAGGUGGACGAAAUUAUUGAGGACAGCUGA